GAUUGUGGAUUGGAUAGUAAUAUCUUCACAGCCAUACAAAAUAUUUGAAAUUAUUGAACCAAAAAAAGAAAUAAUAAAAUAAUAAAAAAAAGGAGUAGCGCGAAAUUACACCGCUCAGAAAGCGGAAACACAAAUAGAAAGGUCCUCAAUGUUCUCUCUUACCCCUAUAGUUCACUACUCGCAUCUCCUCUUUCUCCCGAAAAGCUCCGGCUUCUUUCCGGCGAGAAUUCCGGCGAGUUCAUUCACUGUUCGAUCAUCUUCCAGUCUUCAGGAGGUCGAGAAGUUUUCCGAGUCGUCAUCUGAACGGAAGGAGCUGAGCUCGGAGCUAUACGCUUCGAUUCCGUUGCCUCCGAUUAAGACUGCGAAGAGAGUGGUUUUGGUGAGGCAUGGGCAGAGCACGUGGAAUGCGGAAGGUAGAAUUCAAGGAAGCUCCAAUUUCUCUGUUCUUACUAAGAAAGGCGAGGCUCAGGCAGAGACCUCCCGCCAAAUGCUAAUCGAUGAUGCAUUCGAUGUCUGCUUCAGCAGUCCCUUAAUACGAUCAAAGAGGACUGCUGAAAUCAUAUGGGGAGAUCGCGAGGAGGCGAUAAUUACGGAUUCUGAACUAAGGGAAAUAGAUUUGUAUUCGUUUCAAGGUCUUCUCAAAUUCGAAGGGAAGGAAAAGUUUGGUGCCGCUUAUCGUCAAUGGCAGGUAGAUGCUGCAAAUUUUCAAAUUGAUGGCCACUAUCCAGUAAGGGAGUUGUGGGCUCGUGCUCGAAAUAGUUGGAAUAAAAUUUUAGCCCACGAGAGCAGGUCUGUCCUAGUGGUUGCUCACAAUGCUGUCAAUCAGGCUCUCGUUGCUACAGCUAUGGGACUAGGAGCAGAGUACUUCAGGGUUUUACUUCAGAGCAACUGUGGUGUCAGCGUUCUUGAUUUCAGUGCCCAAGCUGAGGGUGGCUCUCCAAUUAUUUGUUUAAACCGUUUAAAUCAGACCCCAAACUCGCCUAUUGCUUCUGGUAGUUCUGCAGGGAGAAAAACAGCAAAAAGAAUCAUACUUGUUUGCCAUGGAGUUUCAGAGAAUAAUGAGGCCAGUUCUUCCUUCCUGGAGGAUAAACCAAUGAACAUUCUCGGGACUAUACAGUCCCAGAAAGUUGCAGAGCUACUUCUUGAUCUGAAAGUGAGCACUGUAAUUAGCAGUCCCAAGAAAACUUGUGUAGAGACGGCUGCUGCAAUCUCCAGGGUUCAAGAAGCCGCAGAUUGCUUGGGUGCUGAUUGCGUGCCCCGCUAUGUGGAGAUGAAGCAGACGAAUAAACUUGAUAUAGAAAAUAUUCCCGAUCAUUUCAAGCAGGAUGUGGCUAACACCAAUGUCUUUGAACCUGGUUGGUUAAACAAUUUGGACGAUGGGUUGAUUACAGCAGUGUGGAAUCAGAGUGGUGAAGCCUGGAAGUUUCUUUUGAGUGAGAUGGCUGAUGAAAAUGAGCUGGAAAAGAUUGCUGUAGUGGUUGGUCAUCCUGCCGUUCUUCUAGGAUUGGUGGGGCAGUGCCUAAAUCUCACAAAAGACUGGAUUGGAUCAUUCCAUCUGGAUGCUGGAAGCAUUAGUGUGCUUGACUUCCCUGAUGGGCCAAGUGGCCGAGGUGUUGUCCGAUGCAUAAAUUACACUGCUCAUCUGGGGAGAUGGUCAAUUCCUAUUACUAGACCAACUGUGGAUGAUGAAGAAUUUUAACGGUGAUUGACAGAAAACACCUUAAGGAACUCAAGCUUCUGUAGAACUCGCCUGUACAUCUCUGGAGCAUAUUGAUGGUUGAAAAUUGAAAAUGUCAAUGCAAGGAAAUCUAUGGUUUGAGAGAGGAACUUUUCACAAAAAGGCGUUGAAUAAAAGGAGAGAAUGUAUGGUCAGUAAUAAAGUUUGUUGUUUUAUUAGUUUGUCAGUUACAAUUGUAUAUGAUAUUUUUAUUUGAAUUGUACUUGGGCUGUAGGUUUUCGACCAAUUAUUAUAAACAUCAGAAAUUGUGGAAAAUGGGCCAUCGAUUUUUUCUUCUAAUAAUUUUGUAUCUAGUUGGGCUGUCUUCUUGGACCACAGGUUUCUUUGGCAUUUGCAUCUAAUUGGGCUAGCUUCUAACAAGGCUAUAAAUUGUUAAGCCCAGCAUAUGCUAGCAAUUUCCCUGGACAAGCUGAUUGGUGAAGACUAUGAUAUGAGUACGACGUGUCGGUUUUAUCAAGUUCGAUAAUUUUACAUGCUGAAGAUGGCUGUGAUUUUUUUUUAAACAGGAAAAUGAUGGCUUCAAGUUCAUCGGUGGGAAGAGAUCGACAUCUCUGCUCGUGAUGUGCAGCGGAUCCGGAUUCAUAUCACAAAUCAUUGAUCCAACGGUACACAUCUAUCCCAUUCCCAAUUCAGCAAAUUCUAAUUACAGAAACAAAAGACAUGGAUCACUUUUGUGGGAAAACUAACAGCAGUAGCAUUAUAAAAAUACUCAUUUCAUCAACGGGUGGUUUUAACUUUUAGAUGUCCAACACAAAGAGGCAUUAAUAUUUCAAGCUGGUGGAGGUGGCUUGGCAACAAUAGCUGGGAAAUCAAGCAG